UGUAUUAUAUCAUAACAAGGGGAGGGUACAGACCGUGCAGUACAAGAUAGAGAAGAACCAUCUCACCUGCCCAGUUCCCACACCAUCGUCUUACCAUGAGGACCUUCGCGUGCCUUCUCCUGUCCCUCCUGGUGGCUUCCUGCUGCCUCCUGACGUACGGUCAAAUUCCCAGGCGUUUGGUGACCAAGACCUUGACACUGAGCAAUGGCCUGGACUGGGGCAACAUGGGGCCUCUAGAAUACUGCCCUGAAGGAAGCUGGGCGGCCUACAUGCAGGGGAAGUUCGAGGAAUACUCCUUUUUGGAGACUGACGAGACCGCCUUCAACGCCCUCAGGCUGUACUGCAUCACCCACGAGGAAGCCUUGACUGGUUUUAUUGUAUCGACAGAAGGCGAAAAGGGAGAGUGGCAGGAAAUGAGAUCAUGUCACGAUAGCUUCCUGACAUCCAUGCGGGCGAGGGUGCUGCCGCCGCAGGGAGCUCUGGCUGACGAUGUAGCGGUGCAGAACAUGCAGCUGGAAUGUAACUACGGCCAGGAGAUCUUGACAGUUAUAGACGGUGCCUACGCCAAGAUUCCCCUGGGUAAUUGGGGAGAGUGGUCAGCGUGUCCCAAAGACUCUGCCAUCUGCGGGAUCCAGACCCGAUACAACAAACCUACGAUCGCUGUGGAUGAUGCAGGCGUGUCUGACAUGCUCUUGUUCUGCUGUGCCCUCAACGAAACCGCCACCAUCACCAACUAACAAGUGACCUGCUUAUUUACUAUACCUACAAGUGUUACAUGCCCUCGUUACGACGCUUAAAAUAUCAUUAAAUUUAUAAUAUUGCAAAUCUUAUAGGAGAACUUCAGUAAAUAAUUGCUAUGUAAUUUCUCCAGCCAAUAAAUCUUAGACAUACGUUUUAAGUUAAGGAAAGGUGUAUUGUGUAGCCUAAGAACUUUCUCUACUAUGCAUUCUUUAUUAUCAGGAAGGUAGAUAAUGGAUUCCUGGCGAGUUGUGUACAGAGAGAGAGAGAUAAAUAAAUAUAUAUAUAUAUAUAUAUAUAUAUAUAUAUAUAUAUAUAUAUAUAUAUAUAUAUAUAUAUAUAUAUAUAUAUAUAUAUAUAUAUAUAUAUAUAUAAGUUCUAUAGAGACGAGAAAUAGAAGAAAGAAGAGAAAAGAAAAAAAAAACACGUUUCAUGAGCGCUCAAAGCCAUGACAGACAUUCGGAGAAGUGUAUCCAAUUGCCAUAUCAUCCUUGCUCUCAGCAAUACUUUGUAAAACCAGAAGGGAGUGGGCGUCUGUUCCCGUAAGUGAGCAAAGGAGGAUCUGAUUCUAUUUUCCUGUUGGUGAACCGGCUUCCCUCAAUCAUUCAGUUUGGCCGCGAAAGCCUCUUGGAGUUACGCGUGCAAGCCUAUAGAAAUGCUCUGUAAGUUCCCAACGGGGACAUAAAAAGAGUGCUGUCAUCCGAAGAUACUGUUGUACCAGCUGCGUUUGAAGCGUUCCGAGAAUAAAAGUUUCAGAAAUGUUGGUGCAUAAAUUACGUCAGUUUUCCAGAGUUUAUAGAUCCAGAAAGAUGGGAAUACGUAGGCACCCCGAGCUCUCUCUCUCUCUCUCUCUCUCUCUCUCUCUCUCUCUCUCUCUCUCUCUCUCUCUCUCUCUCUCA